AUGGUCUUCAUCCUAGGACUCAGCUUCGCCGAAGGGCACAUGGUCAAAAAAGCCCUCCAAUCGUUCUAUGGUAUCGGUCCCAGUGUGUCAAAGCAGAUCAUGGGUCGCUUCUUGAUCCACCAGCGUGCCAAGGUCGGCGAGCUCGAGGACCAGCAGGUCCUCGGCCUGAACGCCCACCUUUCCACCUUGAAGAUCGAGAACGACUUGCGCCGCAGCCUCGUUGAUAACAUCCAACGCUUGAGGGACAUGGGUACCUACAGGGGAAGGAGACACGCCAUGAACCUGCCUGUGAGAGGGCAGAGGACAAGGUCACAGAUCAGCACCGCCCGGAGGUUGAACAAAAUUGAGCGUAAAGGCUGA